AGGACUGUGGUAAGGACAGGACUGCUCUACACCCAAGCCAAAGGGCUGCUGGACACGUUAGGGAAGGUAGAGAUGGAGGAUUUUGGGGCAUUUGUCCUUUGGGCACUAAAGAUUUGGCUGUACCUCGUAAUCAGCCUCAUCAUGAUCCCAGCCAUGUUUGGCUUCUCACUGGGCAUUUCUGAGACCUACAUGACCAUCCUGGUAAAAACCUUAGAGUGGGCCACUCUGAAGAUACAGAAGGGACACGCAGAUGAACAACUGGAAGCCUCUGCAUCUAAUGGUCUCAUCCAGAGGGAAGAUGGCUCUAUGGAGAAAGAGUUAGAGGAACUUAGACGCAGUCGACCCAAACCACCAGUGGGCGGGGAUUUUACACUUAGUGACUGUUUCUACUUCACCCGGAGAGGAAUUGAGAGCAUUGUAGAGGAUGAGGUGACCCAGCGGUUCACUUCAGAAGAGCUGGUGUCCUGGAACUUACUGACUCGCUCCCACAAAGAUUUCGAGUACAUCAGUCUGAAGCUGACGCUGGUCUAUGGCCUCGGCAUUUUUGUGAGAUACUGCAUCCUCGCCCCGCUCAGGAUAACCUUGGCCUGCAUUGGCCUCACCUGGUUGGUCAUAGGAACAUCUGCAGUUGGAUUACUUCCAAAUUGGAGGAUGAAGUUCUGGCUCAGUGAAUUGGUCCAUGUAAUGUGCUACAGGAUCUGUGCUCGAGGACUCUCUGCCACCAUCCACUAUCACAACAGGGAAAAUAAACCCAAAAAAGGAGGAAUCUGUGUGGCCAAUCACACCUCUCCUAUUGACGUUGUGAUUCUCUGCAACGAUGGGUGUUAUGCUAUGGUGGGUCAGGUACAUGGAGGUUUGAUGGGAGUCCUCCAGAGAGCCAUGGUGAGGUCCUGUCCUCAUGUCUGGUUUGAGAGAGCAGAGAUGAAAGAUCGCCACCUAGUGACCAAAAGAUUGCAGGAUCAUGUAAAUGACAAGACAAAGCUUCCCAUAUUGAUAUUUCCUGAGGGAACCUGUGUCAACAACACAUCAGUCAUGAUGUUUAAGAAGGGAAGUUUUGAAAUUGGAGCAACAAUAUAUCCAGUAGCCAUUAAGUAUGACCCCAAGUUUGGAGAUGCUUUCUGGAACAGUUCCAAGUAUAGCAUGGUCAGUUACUUGCUAAGGAUGAUGACCAGCUGGGCUCUCGUCUGUAACGUCUGGUACCUGCCAGUAAUGCACCAACAGGAGGGGGAGGAUGCUGUCCAGUUUGCCACAGGUUAAUCUCCCAUCGCUCACCAGGGAGGGCUGGUAGAUUUACAGUGGGAUGGAGGCCUGAAGAGGGCAAAGGUGAAGGAGUCAUUUAAAGAGGAGCAGCAGAAGCAGUACAGCAGCAUGGUGGUGGGAGAAGACAGCAGCAGCAACAGUGACUGAGAUCCCCAACCAGUAUUCUGUACAAAAAUCGUGCCAUGGCUCUGGAGAAUAUACAACGUAAACAGGCCUCUCUCCUCGAGUAUGUUCCCAUUAGCUGGACCUGAUAGGGAAUACUUCCAAGUUGACACACCGUGAAACCUCAGUUAAAGCUAAAAGGAAGAGAGUCUCAGUGAUUCACAGAAAAGUGCAAUAUUAAACUUUAUGAGGAACAGACUGUGAUUGUGAGAAGGGAAAGCUCUCUGUUUUUACUGCUGCUGAAGAUACUGUAGCUGCUGCUGGAAUUGAAUGUUAAUGCUGAGAAAAUAGCUUAAAAUGAAAUGUCUGAUUGUAGACAAGCCACUUAGAAAAACUAGAUUCAUGAAUGUCUCACAGACCUGUCGACUCAUUUAUGUGCUGUUCAUUGUUUUUUAAGAGAAGUCUUAGUUUACAAUUUCAAUACUUAUUGUCGAUUAUGCAAUGGCAAAAAAAACUGGAGGUAUUAUGUAGAUCUGCUGUUUUAUAACAUAACGUGACAUUAUUUAA